AUGAGUUAUAUCGCAAUUAGCCAUGGGAGGAGGAACCAUGCCUAUCAUCCACGUCAGACAUUCUUCUUCUUCUUCUUCUCUCCUCCUCCUCAAACAAUCUUCCAGUUCCAUCCUAGUAGCAGCGUUCAAGUGGGACCCAUCACACCCUCGUGCACUGGUUCAUACUGCUUCUGUGACUCUGGGAGUGAAACCUGCAGAAAACAAGUACAAAACAAGAGAGCAAGUCGGACGCCGUUGCUGAGCUCCGUUUUUGGUCCAGUUCCGUCCCGAUUCGAAGUCGAAAAUGCCAUCCUUGCUCUUCUCAGUUUUCUGCAGGGAAUAACUAGUUCGUCUCACUCAGAGUUGCAGUGGCUUCAGCCGAUAUUAGAUUCUUGUGUUACAAGAAAAUUGCUAUCUUAUGGACACGGAAAAGUUUACGAUGCUUUCCAAUCGUUGCAAACUGAUCCUUCUGUUAAGAGGAUGGUGGUUUCCCUGUCGUCUGAUAGAGCCCUUUGGGAUGCGGUUACCAACAAUGAGUUGGUUAAGAAGCUCCGAGAGCCUCCCUCCUCCGAUUUAUCUGUGUGUGGGAAUGAAGGGCUGCUGCCUCAGAGUUCAAACCAAGAGCCAGAAUUCGCUAAACGCGUUAUGAGGUGGAUUAUGGACAUCACAAGAGCAAAAGUUAUGGAGCUCAUUGAGCAGUUUCAGUCACUUGUGACUGAUAUAUUUCUGCCGCCGGAGACUCUGCAGGAAAAGAACCCGAACCCGCCGGCCAACGACACGGAUCAGUUUGAAGAAAAAGUUAGAUCCUCAUUGCUUCUCACCGUUGUUAUCCUCUUGAUUGUGGUCGUCGCACGAUUCCGCGGAGCUUGAUCGCCGGAUCUGCUCCGGAAACAUGUUUGUACAAAUCACAUCGAUCAUAACUCGCUCUCAUUCGUGCACAUGCAUUACUUCAAACACUGUUUUGUGAGAAUAAAGUCGCAAACUAUCUUUUGACAA